AUGGAUCUACCGCCAGCUCCCUCGAAUCCAAAGGAGAAUGGAGUAAAAGACAUUCUCGCGGCGACCGUCUUCAUCAUCUCAUUAUCUACAAUCACCGUCUUGGCUCGUUUAUAUGUGAGACUGUUGGUCAUUCGGAAUACAGGCUGGGAUGAUUGGUUCAUGGUAUUAUCUCUCGCCUUGGCUUGGGCAGGUCAGGGCGUCAUCUUUGGACAGCUGAGCCAUGGUGCUGGAAGACACAAAGGCGAUGUUGAUCCGGAUGUCUACAUGAUCGGCAUGAAGCUCAACUUUAUCAGCCAGCCCAUCUUUCUCAUAGCCAUCUGCGUCGUCAAGUUGGCUGUUGGCUGCGCGCUGCUGCGAAUUGCCUCGACCAAGUUCUACCGUUACUUGAUCUUGUCCAUCAUGGGCUUCAUGGCCUUUUACACCAUUGGAUGUUUCUUUACCCUCAUGUUCCAAUGCACGGAUAUCCGCAUCCUCUGGGACACGAGCGUAAAGGCGACCUGCUGGUCCCAGUCGACGCUCCAAGGCCUUUCAUACACAAACUCUGCGCUCAACAUCAUCACCGAUCUUCUCUUCGCCAUCGUCAUCCCCACGCCCAUGCUUUGGAAACUCAACGUUCACUUCCGCACACGAGUUACCCUCAUCGGCAUCCUGGGCCUCGGUGUCUUUGCCUGCGCUGCCGCAUUUGUGAAGCUGGGCUACAUUACAAACUACGGCAAGUUAGGUGACUGGCUCUGGGACUCUCGAAACAUUACCAUCUGGACAAGUCUGGAACUCAACGUCGGCAUCAUUGCUGGUAGUCUUCCCUGUCUGCGACCCAUCUUUAGACGCUUCCUUGGCAGCACCUACGGCAAGAGCUCGAGAAAGACACCGACUACUGGAGCCACCAACUAUGGCCGCGGCACGCUCCGUAGCGGUAAUAACUGGCAUACCCUGUCGAGCGGUCGAAGGGGUGACGAUGAAACGAGCAGCCAAAAGGCCAUCAACACUGGUGUCAUGGAGUAUGAGCUCCGCGACCGGAUAGCCACACCGGCUGGCAUCACGAACAAGACAACGAUCCUGACAGACGUUGAUGCCAGGUCGAGCGAUGAGAGCGUGGAUCGACUUGGCCAUGGCCAGCAAUACCCUCCAGGUAUCACCAAGACGACGACAAUGACGGUCGAGGUGAUGAAGUCGGAUUCAUCGUCGUCUCGAUGA